AAGAUUCAGUAGAAAAAAUUGACCACAAGACAAAAUAUAGAUACAACUAUACAGAAAGAGAAGAUAGGAUGAACAAGUGAGUCUCUUCUCUCUCUCAAAUCCACUCCGUAAUAAGUUCAUAAUCUAUCAUCCACCAUGGAGAAAACAUCAAUGUUCUCCAUUCACGAAGGAAAGCCGAUUCGAUGCAAAGCAGCAGUAUCUAGAAAACCAGGAGAAGCAUUGGUGAUAGAAGAGAUCCAUGUGGAUCCACCUCAAGCUUAUGAAGUUAGGAUAAAGAUCAUAUGUACAUCUUUAUGUCAUACCGAUGUUUCUUUCUCGAAAAUAGACAGUGGACCGCUUGCAAGGUUUCCUAGGAUUCUAGGACACGAAGCAGUCGGUGUGAUCGAGAGCAUUGGUGAACAUGUGAAUGGAUUUCAACAAGGUGACGUCGUUUUGCCAGUGUUUCACCCUCACUGUGAAGAAUGUAGAGAUUGCAAAUCCUCAAAGAGCAACUGGUGCGCAAGAUUUGCCGACGAUUUCUUAUCAAACACGAGACGAUAUGGAAUGACUUCACGAUUCAAAGACUCCUUUGGAGAAGAUAUUUACCAUUUUCUCUUUGUCUCGAGUUUUUCUGAAUAUACGGUCGUCGACAUCGCACAUCUUGUCAAAAUCUCUCCUGAUAUUCCGGUUGAUAAAGCAGCAUUGCUUAGCUGCGGUGUUUCCACAGGAAUUGGAGCAGCUUGGAAAGUGGCUAACGUGGAAAAAGGCUCCACCGUUGCAGUUUUUGGCCUUGGUGCUGUUGGACUUGCGGUUGGAGAAGGAGCCAGGCUGCGUGGAGCCGGCAAGAUCAUUGGUGUUGAUCUCAAUCCAGAAAAAUUCGAGCUAGGCAAGAAAUUUGGUUUCACGGAUUUCAUCAAUUCUACCUUGUGUGGAGAAAAUAAGAUUAGCGAGGUAUGUUAUUUAAUAUCUUACACUCUAUCUCAUAUAUAAUUCUUAGAUUUACAUGAGAAUAAUGUAAAUUUUGGUUGUAAUUGAUCACUAAUCUAUCCCAAACGAAUUUAAUUUAUUUUUUUGGCUAAUUUUGAAAAGGUGAUUAAAGAAAUGACUGGAGGAGGAGUUGACUAUAGUUUCGAAUGCGUUGGUUUACCUUCUUUAUUGACCGAAGCUUUCUCCAGCACUCGCACGGGUUCAGGAAAAACGGUAGUGUUGGGGAUAGAUAAGCAUCUAACGCCAGUAAGUUUGGGUAGCUUUGAUCUUCUCAGAGGCAGACAUGUUUGUGGAAGCUUGUUUGGUGGUCUUAAACCCAAACUAGAUAUUCCGAUUCUGGUUGAUCAUUACUUAAAAAAGGAGCUUAAUUUGGAUAGUUUUAUUACACAUGAAUUGAAAUUUGAGGAAAUCAACAAAGCUUUCGAUUUAUUAGUGCAAGGAAAGUCUCUCCGCUGCAUUCUUUGGAUGAACAAGUGAAGUGAUUAAUUAUGUUGAAACUAUAUAUGUUGAAAAAUUGAUUAAAUUUCUUUAUCAAAAAGAAAAGAAUUAAUUAUUACUCUUUCUAUUUUUCGAUGUUUGAAC